AUGGGUAGCGUACUAAGUCUAUUUUCCAAUUUAUUUGGCAGCAAAGAACGACGAAUACUGAUUCUAGGUUUAGAUGGUGCAGGAAAAACAACUAUUCUUUAUCGUUUACAAGUGAGUGAAGUUGUGACGACAAUUCCUACCAUAGGAUUUAAUGUUGAAACUGUGCAGUAUAAAAAUUUAAAAUUUCAAGUGUGGGAUUUAGGUGGUCAAACAUCGAUAAGACCCUAUUGGCGUUGUUAUUAUUCUAAUACGGAUGCUAUUAUCUAUGUUGUCGAUAGUAUGGAUCGUGAUCGUAUUGGAAUAUCAAAACAUGAAUUGGUAUCAAUGUUAGACGAAGAUGAAUUAAAAAAUGCUGUAUUGUGUGUGUUCGCUAAUAAACAAGAUUUAGAUAAUUGUAUGAAUGUAUCAGAGGUGGCAAAUUCACUCGGUUUAACCAGUUUAAAAAACCGAAAAUAUCAAAUAUUUAAAACAUCUGCUGUUAAAGGUACGGGUCUCAAUGACGCAAUGGAAUGGCUAUCAAAUUCAUUACAACAAAAAAAAUAA